AUGCAAGAUGGUCGAUACCGAGAGGCGGUGUCACAGCUUAAGCAGGCUGUAGCAAUCGAGCGGCAACCACUCGCAGAGGAUCACCCUAGUCGGCUCGCCUCACAGCAUGAACUUGGCCGCGCAUAUCUCCGGAAUGGCCAGAUUGGCGAUGCGAUCCAGCUCCUUAAGCAGGUUGUAGCAAUCAAGCAGAAAACCCUUACAGAGGAUCACCCUAGCCGGCUCACCUCACAGCAUGAACUUGGCCGCGCAUAUAUAGAGAAUGGCCAGAUCAGCGAUGCGAUCCAGCUCCUUAAGCAGGCUGUAGCAAUCGAGCGGCAAACCCUUGCAGAGGAUCACCCUAGCCGGCUCGCCUCACAGCAGGUCCUUGGCGGCGCAUAUCUCGAGAAUGGCCAGAUCGGCGAUGCGAUCCAGCUCCUUGAGCAGGUUGUAGCAAUCGAGCGGCAAACACUCGCAGAGGAUCACCCCAGCCGGCUCGCCUCACAGCAUGAACUUGGCGGCGCAUAUCUACAGAAUGGCCAGAUCGGCGAUGCCAUCCAGCUCCUUAAGCAGGUUGUAGCAAUCAAGCAGCAAACCCUUACAGAGGAUCACCCUAGCCGGCUCACCUCACAGCAUGAACUUGGCCGCGCAUAUCUCCGGAAUGGCCAGAUUGGCGAUGCGAUCCAGCUCCUUAAGCAGGUUGUAGCAAUCAAGCAGCAAACCCUUACAGAGGAUCACCCUAGCCGGCUCACCUCACAGCAUGAACUUGGCCGCGCAUAUCUACAGAAUGGCCAGAUCGGCGAUGCCAUACAGCUCCUUGAGAAGGUUGUAGCAAUCAAGCAGCAAACACUUGCAGAGGAUCACCCUAGCCGGCUCGCCUCACAGCAUGAACUUGGCCGCGCAUAUCUUCAGAAUGGCCAGAUCGGCGAUGCGAUCCAGCUCCUUGAGAAGGGUGUAGCAAUCGAGCGGCAAACACUCGCAGAGGGCCACCCUGACCGACUCACCUCGCAGCAUGAACUUAGCCGCGCAUAUCUACAGAAUGGCCAGAUCGGCGAUGCGAUCCAGCUCCUUAAGAAGGUUGUAGCAAUCCGGCAAACACUUGCGGAGAAUCACCCUGACCGGCUCGCCUCACAGCAUGACCUUGGCCGCGCAUCUCUACAAAAUCGUCUUACAGUAUGCGCAUCCCCGCCUGUAGCUAUCGGGGAGGGCAAGAUUCCCGUCAAGGCCAUCCCCGUCAAAGAGAGCUACGGCCCUCAGUCUGUCACUGUCUAG